AUUUAAUCUCAAACCGGAGCAGCAACAGCGCUCUCUCUGACAUCAGACAUUGCCACAUUGAUUGCUGGAUGACACGCCCCUGGCUGUCACGCUCAUUAGGUGUGUUGCAGGAUCUGUUUCGUGCGCGUGGGGAUUCAUCCGCCUGGGCUGACUGUCAGAAUAGUGGUCCUUGAAUUUCUUGUCCGAUCCCGCGUCAACUUCUGGACGAUCGCUUGACCCGCUCUCAUAUACGGUGUAGGGCUCGUCUCCCAGCGGCCGUGUCUCGCCUUUUCGACAAUCAUGGCGCAAUCAACAGAUCCUGCCGGACAGGACUCGAGGAUUCGGAAGAGCAUCUUCUUCGUUAGCAAUAUUCACUGUUCCUCAUGCGUGACGUAUGUCAACGAAGUACUUUCCUUCUUCGGGGGAAUCAAGACCAUCGAUGUGUCGGUCCUCACUCACGAGGUUCGCGUCGUGCACACCGCAGACACCCAGCCUUCCGACCUGGCCACAGCCCUGGGGGAGGCGGCCUUCGAGGUCCACCAUGUUACCACCUAUGAGCCCCGAGGGUCGGUGAUAUCCGAGCUGGAUACGACCCCGUGGCUGCCGCGAGACUCAGGCUUUUUCGUCCCCCGACCGACGCACACCCAAGCCCCGGGGAACCGACACGUCGAGAAUUGCGAUGCCUGCCGGAAGGAGGAGCUGGACCGGCUGGCUGCCGACGAGGACCUGGCGAGCGCUUCCCUUCGCCAGCCUACUGCCGUCUCCAAGAAAGGUGUCGUAGCCGUCGAGUCACUGGGGGAGAGUGGAACGCCGUCGACUGCUGAACAAAAAUUCAACGCCCGUGUCAGCAUUGGUGGCAUGAGUUGCGCCGCUUGUGCAAACAGCAUCACGAAUGAGAUCACGCAGCUGGACUUUGUCGAGAAUAUCACGGUCAACCUUCUCACCAACAGCGCUGCGGUGAUCUUCACUGGCCCGCAGUCCAACAUCGACAAGGUGGUUGAGCAGAUCGAGGAUAUCGGCUUCGAGGCUUCCCUGGACGAAGUCAACAAGAUUGUCUCCCCGUGCACGACAAGCUCGACGGGCUUCGUCGCCGAGAUUGCCAUCAUUGGCAUGACCUGCGGCUCAUGCUCCGGGACUGUCACGCGAGGGCUUGAGGAGCUACCGUUCGUCACCGAAGUGUCCGUCAACCUACUGACGCACAGUGGAAGGGUCGAGUUUGAGGGGCGAGACCACGUCGAUGAUAUACUGGAAAAGAUCGAGGACAUGGGGUUUGAUGCCUCUGUCAACAGUGUUCUGCCUCAGAAUGGAGAUAACGACCGGGAGAAAGUCGAAGCGCGCACGAUCUCCAUCCACGUGGAUGGCAUGUUCUGCCACCAUUGUCCCGCGCGGAUCCUCGACGCCGUGAAGGCGCUUCCGGAUGUCACGGUGGAGGGCAGCCCGUCCCCCAAAAACCCAAUUCUGGCGGUCACAUACACGCCUAAGCCGCCCUCUCUCACGGUGAGAACCAUCCUUCAGGCCAUCGACGACGCACACGAGGCCUUCACCGCCACCGUCCAUCAUCCGCCCAGCAUCGAGGACCGAUCGCGAGCGAUGCAGCGGCACGAGAGACGGCGACUGCUCACCCGCUUUAUCUUCGUGCUGAUGGUGGCGAUUCCCACCUUCCUGCUCGGCAUCGUGUUCAUGAGCCUGGUGUCGUCGAACAACCAGACCCGCCAGUUCCUGGAAGAGCCCAUGUGGGUCGGGGAUGCCUCGCGCCUGGAAUGGGCUCUCUUCAUCAUGACCACCCCGGUCAUGUUCUAUGGAGCCGACAUCUUCCAUGUGCGCGCGAUGAAGGAGGUCUAUUCGCUCUGGCGCCCGGGUAGUCGGGCCCCGUUGCUGCGCCGAUUCUAUCGCUUUGGCAGCAUGAACCUGCUGAUUUCCGCCGGCACGAUGGUGGCCUAUUUCUCGUCCCUGGCGGUCCUGAUCAUGGAUGCAGUCGCAGGCUCUGGCUCUAGCACCCACAGCUCCACAUAUUUCGACACAGUAGUCUUCCUGACCAUGUUCAUCCUCGCGGGGCGGUUCAUGGAGGCAUACAGCAAGGCGAAGACCGGAGACGCGGUCGCAUCCCUUGGAGAGCUGCGACCGACGGAGGCGCUGUUGAAAGUCAGUGACGCCGGUGUCGAUGAACACCGGCGCAUCAACAUCGACCUCCUCGAAAUCGGCGAUGUUGUCAAUAUCCUUCACGGUUCCUCACCUCCCGCCGAUGGAGUUGUUGUUAGCACCGGAUCCUCCGGCUCGUACCAGUUCAACGAAAGCUCGCUGACGGGAGAAUCGCGACCGGUCAAGAAGUCGGCGGGCGACGCGGUGUACACGGGAUCCGUCAACGUCGGACAACCGGUGGAGAUUCAAAUCUCGGCCAUUGGCGGCGCAUCGAUGCUGGACCAGAUCAUCUCCGUCGUGCGCGAGGGCCAGAGCCGACGGGCGCCCCUCGAGCGAGUGGCAGACCUGCUCACCUCGCACUUCGUCCCCAUAAUCACCCUGAUCGCCAUCCUGACAUUCGUCAUCUGGCUGGCGCUGGGACUGUCCGGCACGCUACCCGGUGACUACCUUGACGUUGCACGCGGCGGUUGGACCUUCUGGAGCCUGGAGUUCGCCAUCGCCGUGUUUGUCGUGGCCUGCCCCUGCGGUCUUGCGCUGGCUGCUCCCACGGCCCUCUUCGUCGGUGGCGGAUUGGCAGCACGACAGGGCAUCCUCGUCAAAGGCGGCGGUGAAGCCUUCCAGGAAGCCAGCCGUCUCGACGCGAUUGUUUUUGACAAGACAGGGACUCUGACGGAGGGGGGCAGCCUGCAGGUAUCCGCACACGAAGCCCUGAUCACCGAUCCGGACACACUGCAGGUGGCCUGGGCUCUGGCCCGCAAGCUCGAAGAAAGCAGCAACCACCCCAUUGCGCGCGCGAUUUCCACCUUCUGCAAAGACAGGCCGUCUGCCACCGUCCUCAGCGCCGACAUCGAAGAACUGACCGGCCAAGGCAUGAAGGGGUCGUUCACCGUCUCCCUCCAACCCGCCACCAACCAACCCCCAACCACGCUGCAAUACGAAGCCGCCAUCGGCAACCAGCGUCUCCUCCACACGCUCCAACCCGACUACGACCACGACACCACCUCCCUCUCCCCAACCCUAAACCAAUACCAAUCCACCGGCCAAUCCACCGCGAUCCUCACCCUGCGCUCCCUGUCUUCCGACCCCGAGAAAUCCCUCUUCCACCCAGCCCUCAUCUUCGCCAUCUCCGACACCAUCCGCCCCAACGCCGCAGCCGUGAUCUCGCAACUGCAAGCCCGCAAAGUCGCCGUCUUCAUGUGCACGGGCGACAACCAAACCACCGCGCACGCCGUCGCCGAUCAGAUCGGCAUCGCCCGAGCAAAUGUCCUCGCCAACGUCACCCCCGCCGGAAAAGCCGCCUUCGUGCGCCAAAUCCAAGACGGUCUUCCCACCAUCAGCCCAAGCCUCAACCCUCGAGAUAUCAGAGACAGCAGGGAAAUAACCCCCUCGACCCUCGAAUCCCAAACCCCUCCCCCGACUCAGAAAAGGAACAUCGUAGCCUUCACCGGCGACGGCAUCAACGACUCCCCCGCCCUCUCGGCCGCAGACGUCAGUAUCGCCCUGGCCUCCGGCUCCGACGUCGCCAUCCACUCCGCCAGCUUCAUCCUGCUGAACAGCGACCUGCACACCAUCCUGCAGCUCGUGCUGCUUAGUCGCAGGGUGUUCGCCCGUGUCAAGCUGAAUUUUGCCUGGGCGUUGGUGUAUAAUUGUCUCCUGGUGCCGGUUGCCGCGGGCGUUUUUUAUCCGAUUGUUAGUGGGCAGAAAGAAAUGGAUGGGGGCGUGGUGGAUACGCACUGGCGAUUGAGUCCGGUUUGGGCCGCGCUGGCGAUGGCGUUGAGUAGUGUUUCGGUGGUAGUAGGUCUGGUGUAG